AUGACAGAUGAACAAGGCGUGAUUUGUGUGAAUGGUGAAGGACUUGAUAUCGUGUCUCUUGAAGAUGACUUCAAGUCUCUACUCAUUGUGCCAUUGAAUAGUGAACAUUCAAAUGUCGAAGUGCAGUCUGAUGAGGUGGAGAUACAUUCAGAUGUCGAAGUCUCUUCGUUUGCAGAUCAGGGAUGGUGUAACAUUACAAGAAAUUCAGACCUCAGUUCUGCAACAUCCGAAAAUACGAGACUUAAGAUAAAACCAAUGAAUGAGUCUUCCAAGAAGGUGUUCAAGAUUUCUUUAGACUCGGAGCAUGCAAAAUGCAGCCUAUGUUUAGAUAUCUGGCAUGACAUUGUCACAGUUUCCCCUUGUCUCCACAACUUUUGCAACGGAUGUUUCUCGGAGUGGUCGAGCACGUCACAAGAGGAACAUGCGAUUGUUCUUUGUCCCCAUUGCAGCUCUGACGUACAAUCUGUGGGGAGAAACUGUUUGCUACAUAGGAUUGAAAAGAAAAUACGGAAAUAUGAUUCUUUCGUAAGACGUAGUGAUGAGGAACUUGUUGUGAACUCCUAUGCAUUGAUAAAAUCACUUCCUGUCAUUAAAUAUGUAAAGAAGCCAAGAAGCAAGAGGUCACGUGUCAUGCGAGAAGAAGAUAAUAAUGUCAAUGUCUUAGAUCUUGCAUGUACUAAAUGUGGCACAGAGUAUGGUGGGUUUCAAUGCAACGAGAACACAGUGCAUCUGCAUUGUUAUGCUUGUGGAGGAAUGAUGCCUUCUAGAACCGAUAUAGUUGUGCCACAAUACUGCAUAGGGUGUGAUGGACCAUUUUGUGGAGCUUAUUGGCAUUCCCAGCAGGUUAAAAAAAGUGACUCAUAUUGGAUGUGUGCUCCAGAGGCAUUUAACCCCACCGGAGAACGGACUAUUACAAGAAUUCCUUAUCUGGCACACGAAUGGAACUGGCAUGAACAACAUAUCACCGAAAGAUGCAUACAGCAGAUGGGGAAAACCCUCCAAGAUGUUGUGUCGGAAUGGGUUACAAAAUUGAAUGAUGGAGAAAUAGAUCGUACAAGGAUGCCACUGAAUCACUCAGAUAUGAUAACUUCUGGAACACAUCUAUGCAAUGAUUGCUAUGAUAAACUAGUCUCAUUUCUCUUAUACUGGUUCCGGAUCAGCUUGCCAAAAGACCAUCUACCUGAGGAUGCAGCGCAAAGGGAAGAUUGUUGGUAUGGCUACGCUUGUCGAACACAGAACCAUAAUGACGAUCAUGCUCGUAAAAGGAAUCAUGUUUGCCAUCCAACCAAGGGUGUUAUAGGAAAUUAGCUUUAGCUUGAUCCAUUCGCCCCUAUGCUUUAUUUUGAGGUCAAUAUGUUGGUAAAAUGGUUGAUACUUGUGAAGGUUUGAAUUAUGAAGUGCUUGUUGACUAAUUUGGGCUUGUAAUGUGUGCUUCUGUACACUUUGUAAAUCAGUGUCUAUGUAUAUUGUUUUAUACAAACAUUACAAAUCUAAAGUUGUAAGA